AUGGCGGACAAGAUGGCCGCUGCCUGUUCACUGUACCUCAAAAAAGAGCUCUGUUUAGGAAGCACCUGCUCUCACGCCCUGAGGUGGAGGACUCCCCCCAGAGCUGGAAUCAUGGCCUCUGCUCUGUUUAAAUGCAAAAAGCUUCAUUUAAACGCAUCUAAACCUCCCCACAAACGCCUCGGACCACAGAGAGUGCUCCUGGAGGGAAGCAGACCCCAGAGGCUGAGUCCAGGAGGGAUGGAUGUGGAUGGAGGGAUGUGGAUGCUGAAAAGUUCCCGCCCCAAGCUGUUCCCGGGAGACAUCGUGGAAUACCCCAGGAACAAAUACUUCUCCCACUUCGGGGUGUACUAUGGAGAGCGGGACGGGGUCCCCUACGUGGCUCAUCUCACCUGUCGGGAGGUCAAACUGGACCCCCUGGAGCUGCUGGGGCCGAAAUACAAGGUCAGCAACAUGCUGGACGACACGCACUCGCCCCGGGACUUCCACGCCGUGGUGAAGCCCGCCAUCGAGGACUUGCUGGGCCGGGAGCUGACCUUCGACAUCCUGUUCCACAACAGCGAGCACCAGGCCACGCUGCUCCGAUACGGGGUGAAGAAGUCUGAGCAGAUAGAGAGGGUCUACCAGCACAUCAUGCCGGCCUGGAAGAGGCUGUUCAAGGAGAAGAAACUGCCAGCCUUUCCUCCUCCUCGCUCACAGCUUGGGGGCCACGGUUACUCCUCCAUUCGUCUCGUGAACUUCCUUAAGCCAGGACAGCAGGAUCCUGUUGGUCUCGGCGGGCUGGUCCAUCUGAGUCCAGUGUCCACACUCCUCGAUGUGCGCUCUGCUCAGGUUUGGGAUCUGCGUGAU